AUGGUUGUCGGUCGAAUAAAACCAUUAACCAAAUAUCGUGCUACAAUUCUAGAAGAAAUUUGUUUAGUUUGUUCCAAGGUUCUGAAAAUAUCAUCUGAAUUAUCACAAAGGAUGGGGCUUCUGGCGGCUUUAGCUGUGAAUGCCGUUGGAGGCACAGUCAUAUACGCCACAGGCGGGUUGGGUGCCGCAUGGGUGGCUCCUAUGCUAGGCUUUAGUAACUCUGGCAUUGUUGGUGGCAGUGUGGCCGCAGCGGCCCAGUCGUUUUACGGUAACGUGGCAGCCGGUAGCGUCAUCGCUAAAAUGACGUCCGUGGCAAUGUUGGCACCCACGCCA